CCCCCUCCCCCCUGACCAGAUCCGUGUUUGCCCUUCGCCAAACACCCCUCAGAAUCCAACAAUGACCAGCCGCAUCGAGGACCGCUCCACUGUCCAUAAGGUUGCCAUCAUUGGCUCUGGCCCGGCCGGCCACACCGCUGCCAUCUACACCUCGCGCGCCAACCUGGAGCCCAUCAUGUUUGAGGGCCUCAUGGCUGCCGGCGUCAGCGCCGGUGGCCAGCUGACCACCACCACUGACGUGGAGAACUUCCCCGGCUUCCCCGGCGGCAUUAUGGGCCCUGUGCUGAUGGAUCGUCUGCGCGAGCAGUCUGCCUCCUUCGGCACCGAGAUCAUCACCGACACCGUCUCCAAGGUCGACCUCUCCGCCCGGCCCUUCAAGAUCUGGCCCGAGUACGACGAGAACCAGGAGCCGAUUCUGGCCGAGACGGUCAUCAUCGCCACCGGUGCCACCGCCAAGCGCCUGAACAUCCCCGGCGAGGAUACCCUCUGGAUGAACGGCAUUUCCGCCUGCGCGGUCUGCGACGGCGCCCUUCCCCUCUUCCGCAACCAGCCCCUGGCUGUCGUUGGCGGUGGCGACUCCGCCGUUGAGGAGGCCCUUUUCCUGACCAAGUACGCCUCCAAGGUGUACGUCCUGGUCCGCCGUGAUGCCCUGCGCGCGUCCAAGAUCAUGGCCGACCGCCUGGCCGCUCACCCCAAGGUGGAGAUCAUGUGGAACUCCGCCGCCGAGUCCGCUCACGGCGAGGGCACCCUCAAGUCCAUCACCGUGGUCAGCACCAUCAACCCCGAGGAGAAGUCCACCCUGGAGGUGGCCGGCCUCUUCUACGCCAUUGGCCACAUCCCGAACACCGCCUUCCUUGAGGGGCAGCUGCCGGUCGACUCGGACGGCUACCUGCUGGUUACCCCGGGCUCCACCACCACCAGCAUUCCGGGUGUCUUCGCUUGCGGUGAUGUCGCCGACAAGAAGUACCGCCAGGCCAUCACCGCCGCCGGGACUGGCUGCAUGGCUGCCCUGGAGGCCGAGCGCUUCCUCGAGGCCAACACCUCCCAUUAAUUUCCUUGAGCCCUCCUCUCCUCCCCUGAGGGCAUAUUGUGCUUCCCCCAGUCAAUUCAUCGUCCAUGCGUGCUUGAUCCAUCCGGAUAUUCUCUCGGGCCUCGGGGGGGGGAAGACAUUGGCCUCCUUCCUCCCGGCCUCCCGGCCUCCCCCCUGAUGUCCUCCCGAGAGAGCAUGUGAAAUAAAACACAAUACGCUCGAGA